CCCAUUUUUUCGUCGCGCACGGCCCCGUACCCGCGACCACCACCACCCGCCGCCGCCUCCCUCUCUUUUAUGCGUUUUCCACCACCACCACCACCGAUCUCGCCGCUGUCCAACGAUCGUUUUUUUUUCCUCCCGUUUGGUGGUGCCGGUUUCGCUCGCGCGCCUCGUCCCGAGUCGUCUGCUGCAGAAACACAGUUUUUUGAGCCGUAUUUUUGCUCUCUUGUUACGUUUUUUUCCAUUUUGUUGUGGCGGAUGGGGUGCAAGGGGUCGAAGCACGCGCUGCACGGAGGGGUGCCGGCGGCGGCGGCGGCGGCGGCGGAGAGGCGGAUGUGCUCCUCGCGGCGAUCCGUCGCGGUGAGGUCGGCGGCGGUCUCCUUCGCCGCCGGCGUCGGGGACGGGGUGAUGUUGGUGAAGGGCGGUGGUGGUGGUGGUGUGGGGUAUACGUCGGCGACGGUGGGGCAGGAGAAGAGGUGCAGGCGGGCGCCGCCGCGGACGCCGACCAAGACGCCGCUGCGUGCGCCCGAGGAGAUUAAUGUGUGGGAGCUCAUGGCUGGGCUCGAUUACGACGACGAGGAGGAGGAGGAGGAGGAGGAGGUGGUGGUGGAUGGCCAUGGCGGGGAGCGGCAAGUGAAGUCGGCGCCCGGAUCGCCGGCGUUCGAUCCCGACGUCCUGGCGGCCUUCAGGAAGGCGGUCGAGGAGCUGCCGCCGGAGUCACCUCCUCGGGAUGCCGCCGCCGCCGCCGACGACGACGACAACAAGAAGGGUGAAAUCCAGAAGUUCCCCGGCGUGGUGCGCGCGCGGAUCAUCUUGUUCCAGAAAGAGAUCGACGCGAAGCUGGCCAAGAAGGCGCCGCCGCCGCCGCCGCCGGAGAGCGCGCGGCGGGUCGUGGUGUACCUCACCAGCCUCCGCGGCAUCCGCCAGACGUACGAGGACUGCUGCGCCACGGCCUCCAUCCUCCGCAGCUACGGCGUGCGCGUCGACGAGCGCGACCUGUCGCUGCACGCCGGCUACAAGGACGAGCUCCGUGCCGCGCUCGGCGACGGCGCCGGCGGAGGCGGCGGCGUGCCCGGGCAAGGCAGGCCGCUCCCGCAGGUGUUCGUCGACGGCUGCCACGUGGGCGGCGCCGAGGACGUCCGCCGCAUGCACGAGUCCGGGGAGCUGACGGGCACCCUCCUCAAGGCCUGCGACACGGCGGCGGCCGCCGUCGCCGCCGUGGGCAAGGGAGGGCGCCAGCUCGCGCCGCCGUCGGAGCCGUGCGGCGGCUGCGGCGGGGUGCGGUUCGUGCCGUGCGACGCGUGCUCCGGCAGCUGCAAGGUGUUCGUCGACGACGACGAGGACGGCGGCGCGUUCAGGAGGUGCCCCGAGUGCAACGAGAACGGGCUAGUGAGAUGCCCCGUCUGCUAGUAAAACGUUCUCAAAUUGGUUCAUUUCUUCCGACUUUUUUUUGCCUUUUUUUGGUGUAUGCCUUUUCUCGAGGUUUUUGAUUUUCGACUUGAGGUAUUUGUUCCAGUUUGUGCCGUAAUUUGUACAGAUAAACACGAAAUUUAGACAUCCCUGUAGACAAAACUGCAAAUUGCAAUGGCAAGUGUAACUUAGAGUCCCUCUAGCUUGUGAAUUUGAGCAUUGCAUAGCAAAUCAAUCGCCAUAAAAAAAACCAAAGUUCUAACCA